GCAUCCCCUCCCCGCUGCUCCGCUGUCUAGCAACGUUGGUUGCCUGCUACCGGACCAGCGGUGUGAUCGACGCGGUAUCAAAACCCAAAACAACGUUUCGGCAGCUGCGUGGUUCCUUUUCUUUCUCGUGCGCCUGGUUCGCCUGCCUGCAACUAGCCAUUGCGAACAUUCGCGAUGCCCACCGGUUGCGGUGUUCCGCUCUGCCCCAACCGUAACCAGAAGAAUCCCGUGAUUCGAGGCAGGAACUUCGUGUACCACUCCUUACCCCGCGAGGAGCCCCUCCGAAGUGCGUGGUGCGGAAGCAUCGGCAGGGAGGACCCCGGGAAGGCAGACGUACGCGUUUGUUCGGAACACUUCAACGGCGAUAAUGACUACGUUCGCAUAGCGAGUGUUCUGCGCGAUGCUGGACAGACGUUGAAGCGCGUUUGCCUGAAGUCCACUUCUGUGCCUUCGCUUCGACUGCCCCCCUUCGCGAGGUCUACCCAAGCAAAGGAGCCACCGUCGAAACGCCGAAGAACUCUGGGUGAUGAGCCGAUUGGGGACGCCGGCUGCUCCGAGGAUAGUGCUCCGAGUGCGCCUCGUGAGCUCUGCUGCUCGUGCGGUCACCGACCAGCCUCACACGACGCAGCAGUUCAAGUGGACCCGGAGGAAGUGCAAGCGCCUACAAAAGCCCCCCGGCCGCCUGCUAGGAAAGACAAGGCUGUGGGAACGGACCCUCGGCUGGGGAAAAAGUCUGUCGGCACGCAGGGAAACACCUAUGCCAAGGUGGUGACAACUCAGUCGGCGCAGACUGAAGAGUUGGAGCUACUUGGCACCGCAAGCGAGGAGCCAGCUCACAAGGAACGGAAAUUCAUCGUGUUCGAGAGCAGACUCCGACAGCUGUUUAAAGUCUGCAAGACCUGCUACAGGCCAUGUAAGGUGUCCACUUCGACGAACACCACCCUUCUCACGGUUCACACACUCUGCCCUGCUGGGCACUCCCAUCGCUGGGACAACAUGCCGUCCAUCAAAGGCAGGGCUCUGGGCACCCUGCUGCUGUCGGGAGCCAUACUGUUCACGGGGUCAUCUCCAACGAAGACGCUGCGCUUGUUCGAGCGCAUCAACCUCCAGGGGAUGUGCGAGAAGACAUACUUCAACUAUCAGCGAACAAUCUUGUGCCAAGCCAUCGAACAGGUGACAAUUAAUGAGAUCAGUUUUUUCCUGACAUGUUCUUGA